UAGAGUGUUUCUCAACGUAUUGUCUCGUCAAUUGGUGAAGAUAUUCUUCAUGCUUUUGAAAUCAUCUGAACCAAGUUUCCAAGAGAAAUCCCUCAAGUCUCUCCAGCGUAUUCCAAAACUUCUUUAGUUGAUUUUAUCAGAGCAAACACUUGAUUCUCCAUUAAAAUGACAAAACUCGCAUCAUUCUGUGCAAAACAGGAGAGACGGCAGCUUCAGGCAAUGAUCUAAUGUUAUUUGAUCUUAGUACUGAAAUUCAUGCAAUCAGUGAUGGAACAAACAACCAAGAUAAUGAUAAGAAAAAAGGAAAGAAGGAUGUUGAGUUACCGCUAUUCAGUUAUGAAAGCGUAUUAGCUGCAACCGAUAAUUUCUCAACUGCAAAUAAGCUUGGAGAAGGAGGUUUUGGACCUGUCUCCAAGGGGAAGUUGCUUAAGGGUCAGGAAAUUGCAGUGAAAAUGCUUUCAAAAAGAUCUGGACAGGGGCUUGAGGAGUUUAGAAAUGAGACAACACUAAUUGCAAAACUUCAACAUAGAAAUCUUGUCAAACUCUUGGGUUGCUGUAUUGAAGGAGAUGAGAAAAUACUAAUAUACGAGCACAUGCCCAAUAAAAGUUUGGAUUUCUACCUUUUUGAUCCAGCUAAGAAAAGAAUGUUAGAUUGGGGGACACGCAUUCACAUUAUUGAAGGGAUUGCUCAAAGACUUCUGUAUCUUCAUCGAUAUUCAAGAUUAAGAAUUAUACAUAGAGAUAUGAAACCCAGUAACAUUCUCUUGGAUAGUGAAAUGAACCCUAAAAUAUCAGAUUUUGGCUUGGCUCGAAUAGUUGGAGAUAAUGAAAUACAAGCAAACACAAAUCGGAUUGUUGGAACUUUCGGCUACAUGUCUCCUGAAUAUGUCAUGGAGGGUCUGUAUUUGAUAAAGUCUGAUGUAUUUAGUUUUGGAGUAUUGGUACUCGAAAUUGUGAGUGGGAAGAAGAACACAGGCUUUUAUAACCACGGGCCACUCAAUCCUCUUAGAUAUGCUUGGGAGUUGUGGAGAGAUGGUCAAAGCUUGGAGUUGAUGGAUUCAACGAUAGGGUGUCCAACUUCCACUUCUACUCUGGUGAGAUACAUUAAUAUUGGGCUACUUUGCAUUCAAGAAAAUCCAGCUAAUCGACCUACGAUGCUUGAUGUGGUCUCAAUGAUGAGUAAUGAACAUCGACCUCUGGUUACACCCAUGCAACCUGCUUUUACAGCUGGCCGAAAUUCGAUGCACACGAAUCCAACAAUUAAGUCUGCAGAAAAUUGCUCAAUAAACAGUGUAACUUUUUCGACAAUGGAGGCUCGAUGAAUACUACUGUUUGGUUUACGAAUUAACUGUGCAAGCUAAUAGGCAAAGCUGCUUACAGAGUAAUUUCUGGAUCACAAGGAGGGUUCAAGCAUGC